UAGUAAUAUAUAGAUGAGGGUUGAAAAUAUCUAAUUCAAGCGUAGCAGAAGUAGGGUAACUGAAAUCGAAUUGUAGCAGUAAGAAUGCCGUUGAAGGUGUUGGACGCAACCGUAGCAACUUUUGAUGGAGUUUUUGAAAAGUUUAGAGCAGAGUCGCCCAAAAACAAAGCCAAUUUCAUCCUAUUCCUGGCUGAUAUAGACCCUUCUACCAACCUUAGUUGGUGCCCUGAUUGUGUAAGAGCUGAACCUGUGAUAUACAAGAAACUGGAAGCAUCAUCUGAUGAUAUAGCACUUCUGAGGGCUUAUGUCGGGGACAGACCUACUUGGAGGACUCCACAGCACCCAUGGCGAGUAGAUGGGAGGUUCAACCUCAAAGGGGUUCCAACCUUAAUCCGAUGGGAAAAUGAUGCAAUCAAAGGUCGACUUGAAGACCAUGAAGCACACCUUGAUCACAAAAUUGGUUCCCUUCUGAAUGGGAGUUAAGUGUCCCAUUACUUCAAGGGGAUGCUUUAUAUUAAGAGAGUGUCUUAAUAAAAUAUGUCGAGCCUCAUUGGCCUGAAUGAACCUCAUUUUAAAAGGCCGUGAAUAUGAUGCCUCAGUGCUAGUGGUAGCGGAAAAAACUAGUGAUUCUUGUUACACACAUGUGUUGCUUCCAUUUCUCCUGCCAUGCUUAGUGUACUAAAUUAUACAUCAAUAGCAUGUUUGAUGUGUUGCUAAAAUGGAAAUUAUUGCAUUGUGUUUGA